AUGAGAGCCAUUUGCUGCUUUCUGAAUAAACGCUUCGACGACGGACAAACUUUCAAAUAUCAUGCUGUCAUGAUGAGAUGCUUUCUCGCUCUGCUUCAGCAUCCUGAACGUACUUGGUUGACAGAUUGUCUUGUUAUGAUUAUUCGUUUCGCCCGUAGAUGGACGAAAGCCUCGCCUCACGCAAUGGAGCAUCUGGACCAACACUCAUCAGACUUACUGAUCGAUUCCAAUCCGUAUUCCUUGGACUUUGAAGAGACGAUUGCCUCUUCUGAUUCAUGGUCGUCCGGCGUGAACACGCCAUCUUCCAGCGGCAACAGUCUCACCGAGCGAGGUGUCAUACCAACACAGGAUGUGCCAAUGGAUGAGCUGUCUUACCAGGAAUACGAAUAUCCAGAUCCAUCCGAGUCUCCCUCGGCUUGGAGAGCCCUCGACGGCAGCAGUGAGACCACCGACUUGACACUUGCCUCAUCGGGAGAUUGGCAUAGGUAUCAAGAACAACAAGAAGCCGAUAGAACAGAUUUGAACGACUUCAUCUUCCAUGUUCUAGUGCGUACGCCAGAGCGCUUAUUCAGACGGGAGGUGUCAACGGAUGCUUGGCACCAGCAUCAGCUCGAUUGUGGGCGGAAGACUCAAGCGUUACGCCAUGCCAUCACGAGUUCUACGAACCUAUUUCUACGAGGCUCGAUCGGAGACACGAUUUUGCAUACACUGGCAGGCGAUUUUGGGUUGCCGAACUUGUCUGCGGAAACCGAGGGUUACGACAUUCUCCAGCGGCUCUUCGACAUUGGGCCAGACGGUUUCGGGUCGUCAGUGAAGUCCUGUUGUCUAUCUAUGAUUGAUUCGCAGAAUGACGGGUAUCGCAUGAUCGACGGAGCCCCGGCGGAACCGUUCAUGCACACGCCCCUUGGGGUUGCAAUUCUAUACAACAACCUCGCCUGCGCUGAGCUUCUGCUUCAGCACGGGGCUGGUGCAAACAUCCCAGGGGAGUGGGGACAGCGUCCGCUGUUCUUUGCCUAUCGGAACAACAGCGAAGAAGCAGUCAAACUGCUGACCGCCUACGGAGCUUGCCUUUGA